AUGGCGGUCAACAUGUCUGAUGCGAGUACCGAUGUAAGCACUUGUUAUUCAACAAAUGAUUGCCUAAGUAAUCUGAAAACACUACAAAUCGACGACAGUAAUGGUAAAGAUAUCAUUAUUGAUGAGAAUAGAAAGCUAAAAUGGAAGGAGAGCUAUGAAGCUCUUAAAGUCUUUGUCAAGAAAACUCUAAAACUAAACGGGAAAUGGUCGUCACCCGGAGGCAACUUAAAGUUAUUUAACGAGACCACAGGAUCAAUUAUAAUCAGGUAUUACACCAACUCUGCCUCUCUCUUAAUUCAAGGCGAGAAAGGUGAGUCAUUUACAAACAUUUUGAUCAAAAAGCUCUCGACCAUACAAUCGAAUUCAGAGACAAAUAUUAUCGCCGAUGAUAACUCGUGUGAGCCAGAAAAAUCGGAAGAGUCACAAAAUAUGUACGAUGUCUCUAUAAGCGAGCAGUCUCAAGAUAUUUUUACUUUCGACGAGGGUAUAAUGACCGAGUCAAUCAAACAGAAAAAUAAUAAACACGUCAGCCAUACUGAGUCUGACGAAGUAAAUUAUAUAAUUGACGAUUCACAAACGCCUAAUAUGGAGCCGCAAACUCUACACAAGAAUCAAGAAAUAAUGACCGAAAAUUGUUCGCAAACGAUGCCCCAAACCGACACUGCCAAUAGUUCAAAUGCAGAUCUGUUGAAGUAUAUUUGUUGGCUGGAGGCUAGAAUGGAGAAAUUAUUUGAUAUUAUGUCGGGUGAUAUGCGUGAACUUAGAUCGAUUACUGAAUUAUCAUUUGAAAUUAGAUCUUCUCGUACUUUAAAUGAAAAUAUAUUACUCAAAGAAGAGGUAACACAUUUGAAUGAAAAAAUAAAAAACAAUCAUGUUUGAUAUCCGACUUGGACACGAAGUUGAAGGAGCUUAACAAUGAACGCAGUAGCUUACUAACAGUAAUCAGAGUACUACAAGUAGAAAAUCAAAACUUUCCUCAUUAUCAGAGAAAGCAACAAAUGGCUAAUUUACAUGCCAAUAUUAACCAUCCCCCGCAGAGCCAACAAAGCCAACAUGUUGCUCCCUCAGCUCAUAUUAAUCAAAUCGAUCAAAGAAACACCGAGUGGAACUAUGCAUAUGAUAACACGCUUGACCAACGACUCAUAUAUCAGACGGAACAACAACAACGUCAUCACCAAAAUUCUUAUAACGAAACACAUCAGUCACAGCAACAAUCGUACCAGCCAAAACCACAACAGAAACAUCAAUUGCUACCGCAACAUAUAUAUCAGCGACAACAUCUGGUGGCUCACUUACAUGACCAUCAUCCCCCACAAAGCCAAUAUGUAGGCCCCUCUGUCCAGCCUCAAAUUAAUCAAGAAAUCACUGACAGGAACCAUGCAUAUAGUAAUACGUUUGAUCAUCAACCCAGACCCCAGUGGGAACAGGCCGAACAGCAAUACAUUAGCAACAACAACGAUACUCAUCAGCUGCAGCAACAAUCACAUCAGCCGCACCAUGAUCAGCAACAGCCACCUCAGCAGAAACAAGAUCAUCAACAGCGGCCUUACAAUUACACUUCACUACACAAACAACACCACCACCAUCCUAAAAAGCAUGCUGGAGAAGAUCUCACAAUUAUCCUAGGAGACUCUUUGACAAGAGGAAUCAAUACGAGGAACAUAAGAAGGUCAACCAGUAAAAAUGUAAUUAUCCGUACUUUUCCUGGGGCAACGGUUAAGGAUAUGGUAGAUUACAUUAAACCAUCAUUGCCUUUACAACCUUCCCAUAUUAUUAUCCACGUUGGGACCAACGAUCUGAAAUCAAGUUAG